AUGCCUUCGGAAUCUCGCCAGUAUCCAUCGCUGCUGACGGGUGAGUCUUUACAUCUCAAAUAUUCACCUUUCUCACCGGAUCAUCGUGUCAGGACAUACUACGUUGUUCUCCAAGCUGGUCAAAUAAGCUUCCGAGCUGCCCUCGACACAGGUUCUGCCGACUUCUGGCUUACUUCCACGGAUUGUACCAACAGCACAUGCAUGUCUGUGCCAAGAUACCCUCUCACUUAUGACAGUCCCACGUUCGUGUCCAUCAACAAUAACGAGACCACUUUCACCGUUGACUACGCUGAUGGGACUGGUGCAUCCGGGUUCGUUGCCAGAGAGACUGUAGAAGUUGCAAACGUAACGGUCGCAAAUCAGGCAUUUGGCGUUGUAACGGAUUCUAAUAUUACGCUAGUCAGCGAGGUCAGCGGUAUCCUCGGCUUAGGAUUCUCGCGACAGUCAGAGAUAUCCGCGAGUGCUGUAAACGCCACGCCGUUUUUUUCGACCUUGGCUCAGCAAGGCAUACUUAACUAUCCUAUUUUUGGACUGAGUCUUACAAGGAAUGCAACUGGAACGUUUGCCCUCGGGGCCAUUGAUGUAUCUGUCGUGCACAACGUUAGCCAGGUUGUAUGGAAUGAGGUCGUACCGUUCUCUCCGGUCGGUACGAAAACCAAUACAUCUGGCUAUUUCUAUUGGGCAAUUCGUAUGAGUAGUUUCACGGUCAAUGGAACUCAAUACACUCCUCAACCGACCUACCCUGGCCCAAGUGACAAUUCAUCGAUUGCUCUUUUGGACAUCGGCACUCCAGGAUUGUAUGGCCCAUAUCAAGAUGUAACGCGAUUGUACAGUUCGUUUCCCAGUAGCCGCCUAGUCGAUGAGAGUGGCCAAUGGGCCAUACCUUGUGACUCUUCAGCAACCAUGUCCUUCAGCUUUGGGGAUGGAACUACAUUUGUUUUGGAACCUACCGAUUACAUUAUUGGUCCAGCUGAGGGGAAUCCGGACCUCUGUUUAUCGUGGCCUAAAGCUGCACCUCCCAGUGCCGAUGGAGUCGACUGGCUAUUAGGAACUCCGUUUUUGCGAACUGUCUACUCAAUAUGGAGUUAUGGAAUCGACUACCAGGAGCCCCCGAUGAUUGGGUUAUAUCCCUGCAACAACGCUUCAGCACCUGUACAGCCUUUUUCAGUCGUCGAAUCCUCACUUUCUGCGACGAUUGCUACCACUCUACCCAAUUUCGUACUCUCCACACCCACUUACACGACGCCGUCAUACGUAUUUAACACGUCGGUUCCAGCCGUCUAUGGCGAGAUUGUGCAAUCCGAGCUCGCGACGAGCACGUACAGUCCCCUCAUGGGGACACUUGCCGUUAACGCCACCGCCCUCCCUCAGGUGACUGGUGUAUAUACACUAUUUGUUACAAAUUCGAACGGUGCAGUGGUGACAUCAACAUCUCACAUCUCGCAACCGUCAGUUACUUUAGGUGUCCCCCCUGGGUGGAGUAGUGCUGCCUCUCGGAGCGUUCCGGGAGUAGGGGUAGCUAUUUCGAUGCUGAUCACUCUGGUCGUUGGCACAUGGAUCGUAUAA